AUGGUUGUUCUGAAAGAAAGUAGAGAAUGCAAAAUUCACAGCACGAUCAGUCAAGAGCUCAACCACACGUUACACCAGCACAGGCGACAGUGGGAUACUAGCACGAUCAGUCAAGAGCUCAACCACACGUUACACCAGCACAGGCGACAGUGGGAUACUAGCACGAUCAGUCAAGAGCUCAACCACACGUUACACCAGCACAGGCGACAGUGGGAUACUAGCACGAUCAGUCAAGAGCUCAACCACACGUUACACCAGCACAGGCGACAGUGGGAUACUAGCACGAUCAGUCAAGAGCUCAACCACACGUUACACCAGCACAGGCGACAGUGGGAUACUAGCACGAUCAGUCAAGAGCUCAACCACACGUUACACCAGCACAGGCGACAGUGGGAUACUAGCACGAUCAGUCAAGAGCUCAACCACACGUUACACCAGCACAGGCGACAGUGGGAUACUAGCACGAUCAGUCAAGAGCUCAACCACACGUUACACCAGCACAGGCGACAGUGGGAUACUAGCACGAUCAGUCAAGAGCUCAACCACACGUUACACCAGCACAGGCGACAGUGGGAUACUAGCACGAUCAGUCGAGAGCUCAACCACACGUUACACCAGCACAGGCGACAGUGGGAUACUAGCACGAUCAGUCGAGAGCUCAACCACACGUUACACCAGCACAGGCGACACACGAUCAGUCAAGAGCUCAACCACACGUUACACCAGCACAGGCGACAGUGGGAUACUAGCACGAUCAGUCGAGAGCUCAACCACACGUUACACCAGCUCAGGCGACAGUGGGAUACUAGCACGAUCAGUCGAGAGCUCAACCACACGUUACACCAGCACAGCGGAGAUACUCGGAAGGGCUGCGAACUGCCGCAUUCAGAAGAUCCAGGAAAUCGAUAA